AUGGCUCUCUCCUGGAGUAUGCGCAAGUGCCUGGCAGAUUUACACUUCAAGGAGCCAUCAUGGACUUCAACAUCUAUUCUGCUUCCAGAAUCCGCCGUAGGGAAUACUAACUCUGCAGAAGUUCUCCGCGAGGGCCCAGCAAGAUCUGCGGCAACCACAGCGGGCGCAACCCAAAAUACACACUUCAACAAUAUCGCGUUAGCACAUUCCUCGACUCUAACUUCUCCAUUGAUUGCCAUGACUCCAACUCCAUUGAUGCAAUUCUACGAAAGAGAGAAAUUGCUGAAUAAGUCAUUGUCUGUAAGGUCUUCCAGCUUUCUUUAG